GCGGGGCGCGGGGCGGGGCGCGGCCCGGGGGAGCCGGGGAGGAGGGAGAGGAGGAGGGAGAGGAGGAGGAGGGGGAGGAGGAGCGGGAGGAAGGGAGCGCGCGGUGAGCGGGCGAGCAGGCGAGGCGACGCGGAGCGAGGGUAGAGGAAUUCACCAGCCAUGGACGCGUUCAUGAAAGGACUCUCCAAGGCCAAGGACGGGGUCGUGGCCGCUGCAGAGAAAACCAAACAGGGGGUCGCAGAAGCAGCGGAAAAGACAAAGGAAGGCGUGCUCUAUGUUGGUUCCAAAACCAAGGAAGGAGUCGUGCAUGGUGUGACCACAGUGGCUGAGAAGACCAAAGAGCAAGUGACAAAUGUGGGUGAGGCAGUGGUGACAGGAGUGACGGCAGUCGCCCAGAAGACGGUGGAGGGAGCAGGAAGCAUCGCGGCUGCCACCGGCUUUGGCAAAAAGGACCAGCUGGACAAGGGUGAAGAAGGAGGCGCCCAGGAAGGAAUCCUGGAAGACAUGCCCGUGGAGGCAGACAGCGAGGCCUAUGAGAUGCCUUCCGAGGAGGGGUAUCAGGACUACGAGCCCGAAGCCUGAGAAACGUCAGCUCCCGCCUCCUCAGACCUGCUGACAGAUGUUCCAUCCCGUGCAAGUGCUCAGAGUCUCCGACGUGCCCGGUCCUAGCAUUCUCUCAGUUCUUACAGUGUGUUUUGAAGUCUUCCAUCAGCCGUGAUUGGAAUAUCUGUACCUGCCCCCACUCACAUUUCAGUGCUCUCCUUUGACUGAAAUCAAUAUCUGGUAGCAGGGCUCUUGUGUGCUGUGGAUAUUGUGGCUUCAAACCUAAAAUGUUAAAACUAAUUAAAAAACACCUAAGUGACUACUGCUUCUUUCUAAAUCUUCGCUAUUUUUUUGUUGCUGUUGUUGAAAAGUUGUGAGUGUUUGACUAUUCUCUGAGAUUUAUAGAUGUCUUUUAAUCAUUCUUUCUAAGAGCAAUUAUUGUGAAACUUGUUAAUAUAUACUAGACUUAACAUGUGCGCAUGAAACUAUGCACCUAUGAAUUUUAACUCUGUGAUUCCAUUGUUUUGUGAUAUGUUUUAUUAACAUGUGUUUGUAUAUAAAUGGUGAAAGUUAAAAUAAAAUGUUAUCGCAUUACAAAAA